AUGAAUGACGAUGGGUCCAAGUUCGGUGAGGUCGAAGUCAGGCAAGCAGGGAUCGAAAGGGCAAAGCCCGAGACAGGACUGCGCGGCUACGAGUACGACGCGGGGAACAGCAGUGACGAAGCUGAGGAACGACGCGCAACGACCACACGCAGUUGUGGCUCACGAAUGAGCAUCACGGGGCAGAGCCCAAACGGGCAUGUGGCGAAGGCAGUACGAGGAAGUGGGGGGGCGGAAUUAGCGGCGGGGCGGGAGGCGGGAGCAAGGGAGGUGGUGGAAGUUUGGUUGAACGAACAUCAUCAGCACCUGGCUGCGUCAUCGGGCUCGUCAUCCAAAAGGGAGACCCUGUUGAACCCUGCUUUAGGCGCCGCGCCAAGACUGACCUUUCGUUGCUUUCCAUCCGACUUCGUUGCCUCUUUCCCUCCACGACAACUCAUCAUGGGGAAACACACGACCGUUAGAAAAUCCACUGGGGGUAAAGCCCCUCGAGAACAAUUACCUCCAAUCAUCUAUUCGGACGAUGAGGAUGACAAACCCACCGCUUUCUUGACGCCAAACGGCUCAAGCAGUGUUUCCAAGGGGCUCACUUCAGGCGAGAAGCCCAAGCUCUCUAAUGACCAUCAAGUUAUUAAAACAACAAAGUGA